CCCCGCCCGCCUGGCACGCCGCCUGCGUCCGUUCGCCCGGGAAGCCAGCCGAGACCUCAUUGAUGCACCCAUUCCAGUGGUGUAACGGGUGUUUCUGUGGCCUGGGACUGGUGAGUACCAACAAGUCCUGCUCGAUGCCACCCAUCAGUUUCCAGGACCUUCCCCUCAACAUCUAUAUGGUCAUCUUUGGCACAGGCAUCUUCGUGUUCAUGCUUAGCCUCAUCUUCUGCUGCUAUUUUAUCAGCAAACUCCGGAACCAGGCACAGAGUGAGCGAUAUGGAUAUAAGGAGGUGGUGCUUAAAGGUGAUGCCAAGAAGUUACAAUUAUAUGGGCAGACCUGCGCCGUCUGUCUGGAAGACUUCAAAGGGAAGGACGAGCUAGGCGUGCUCCCGUGCCAACACGCCUUCCACCGCAAGUGUCUAGUGAAGUGGCUAGAAGUGCGCUGUGUCUGCCCCAUGUGUAACAAGCCCAUCGCUGGCCCCUCAGAGGCCACCCAGAGCAUUGGGAUCCUAUUGGAUGAGCUGGUGUGAGUGCUACCUCUGCACCAAGACCUGGAGAAGAACUCUUGCCAUGGGUGCCUGGUCCCUCUGCAGGCACAGCUCCAAGGAACAGGACUGUUGGGGGGUGAUGGUUACCCUCAUCUGAAGGGGAGGCCGGUGCAGGGCUGGGCUUCCACCAUCAGACUUGCCCCACCUCCUGCCUCCUGAAGCCUCCUUCCCUGCUACUCAGUACUGGUGGCAUCACUCAACGAGACCACUGGAUCCUGGUACCAGACUAUCCACCUGCCUGGUCCCUGCUCUGGGGGGAAGAGUUCAUCCCGAUCAAGAGCAUGCAGAAAUCCCCUUCCAAGGUCCCUGUAGGGAGGACAAGCUGCCCUGACCCAGGAAGGAUGAGAUGGGCUCUGCCCCACCUACAACCUUCCCUCUCCUCCCCACUCCUAACGCAGGAAGGUCAGAAGGAAAGAUCAAGGAACCAAGUGUUCCCACCAGAGGCGAGGGAGGCUCUGUAUGAAACAGAAGAGCUGGGACAUCUCAAAGGAGAAAGUCAAUGUUUACACGAGACCUAUGGAAACAAAGGCCGCUGGCGGCCGGCUGGCUGCAGGCUAGUGAAGGGGCAGCCCCCGUCCCCUGCCAGGACCCGAGAUGCUAGCCCAUCUCUCUCUUCCUCGAUCUCAGAGCUUCCUAUUCCAUGUGGGGGUCUGUGGGCCCCUCUAGAGGAGGGCUUGUUCCACACUCAAAUUGAGUCCCAGGGGCUUUUUGUAAAGGAUCAAAAGGGGCCUGGGGAGGAGGGUGUCUGAGGUUAAGGCAGCAGCAGAUCCCUUCUUCCCCUUUGUAAAUAGUAUUUUUGUACUUUGUUCUCACCAUCUCAGGAUUUAUACGUGGAUCCCCAGCAUGGGGGGA